AUGUCUGGGGUUCGAAUCCCGUCACCGCCAACGGGCCAUCGAGUUUCGAAAGUUGCUCCUCACAGACAGAAAGCCCCGACUCUGGUCAGUCCCUCCCCAGAAUGCAUAAUCUGUUCCGAAGGAGUGCCUGCCCAAAGAACUAUGAGGUUUUGGUGCAGAAUGAAGUUGUUCACUGGUGAAUACGAACCAGCAGUUGGUACUGUGCUGAUAACUGUUGCUAGGGUACCUGCGCUUCAGACGCAGGUCCUAGAACUGAGCAGUAUAACUAUCGGUGAUAAACAGUCUUUCGUUUUCAUAAAGGAAACUACUCACAAGGUUGCUGAAAACUCUUGGACAGCACGCGAUCGGUUCCGCCCUUUUUGGAGCUCAUCAGGCAGACGCAUUCUCUGA